CUUUUUUGGAUCCCAACACAUCUCACCGAAUUGUCCUAGAAUACACUGCUACAGUUAACACACCUGCUACAGAGGUUGACCAACAAAAACCUUUGUUGAUUGGCAGCUGGUGCUAGCUCACUGAACGCUUUGAUUGGACGAUUUAAUGGGGGUGGGGAUCUCAGCUCCCUUUCCUCUCUUCUACCAAGGUUACUUCAUUGGAUUGACCAGCUGUCAGGUUGACCCAAACCUGCCUCCUUUUGGUGGUGUUUGUCGGGAUCGCAACACAAUAGCCCGAGGAGAGCCUCCCCUCGUAAGCUCCGAUUGGCUGGGCUCAACCUUGGCGGUUUCUGAUUGGUCCAAUGAAGAAACACCAAGGUAGGUUGCCUAGCGAUCCUGAGGAAGCUGAUGUGUUAUUCCUUCUCUGCAUCGAAGGAUCAGGAAGUUUGUGCUCUCUGCGUGGCUGAGAAGUUUUUCUACCUACUAGGACGGGGGGGAAGAGGGGGAACAGGUGUCCCCCUAAAACAGAGCGCAAGCUGCAACCUGCGUCGGGCCGUAACCCAGGAGUAACGUCAGUUACAACGUUAAAGACAUUGUGCUAGUUGCUAUGGAGACUAUAAAAACCCAAGAAGACAAUAUCCCUGCCCUCAAGAAGUUUACAGUUGAGAGACAGCCAUACCAAAAGAAAGACUAUAAUAAAUACUUUAAAGGAUAAACAGGUGAGAAUGACCACUUUAACUCACCGGGCCCGUCGCACUGAAGUAGGCAAGAACUCUGAAAAGAAGGUGGAAAGUGAGGAAGACACUAAUCAAGACAAGAGUCCAGACAAUGAGGACUCUGGUGACUCUAAGGAUAUUCGCCUCACCCUUAUGGAAGAAGUAUUGCUCCUGGGACUAAAAGAUAAAGAGGGUUACACAUCUUUCUGGAAUGACUGCAUAUCAUCUGGCCUGCGAGGGGGCAUCCUGAUAGAGCUGGCCAUGCGGGGUCGAAUCUAUCUGGAACCCCCCACCAUGCGUAAGAAGCGACUACUGGACAGAAAGGUAUUGCUAAAGUCAGAUAGCCCAACAGGGGAUGUUUUACUGGAUGAAACUCUCAAACACAUCAAAGCAACUGAACCCACAGAAACCGUCCAGACAUGGAUAGAGCUACUCACAGGUGAGACCUGGAACCCCUUCAAAUUACAGUACCAACUGAGAAAUGUGAGAGAACGAAUUGCAAAGAACCUAGUAGAGAAGGGUAUUCUAACCACAGAGAAGCAGAAUUUCCUCCUAUUUGACAUGACUACUCAUCCAGUGACCAAUACAACAGAGAAACAGCGACUAGUGAAAAAACUUCAAGAUAGUGUCCUAGAGCGGUGGGUGAAUGACCCCCAGCGUAUGGACAAACGAACACUAGCGCUCCUGGUGCUGGCCCACUCCUCUGAUGUGCUAGAGAAUGUCUUCUCCUCUCUGACAGAUGACAGGUAUGAUGUGGCAAUGAAUCGAGCCAAGGACUUAGUAGAACUGGACCCUGAAGUGGAGGGGACAAAGCACAGUGCCACAGAGAUGAUCUGGGCUGUGCUGGCAGCCUUCAAUAAAUCCUAAAGCCAG